AACAGCACCUGACAUGCCAUAAGAACUUAGCAUUUUUUUUGUUAGCUGUUAAAUCACCCAUAUAUCAUUUUGGGGGAUUUUGUGCGCAUGUGACGUUGAUAUAGUUUAAAGUAGUUUAAAAAAAAAUGGCCAGUUCUUUUCCAAGUGUACCCGAACUCGUUGCUGAUGCUAUCCGUCUGUACGGGGAGGUGUUCGGGGGGGGGGCUCCUCAGACGGCGGUGUGUGCCCCGGGAAGAGUCAACCUGAUCGGGGAGCACACCGACUACAACCAGGGAUUUGUGCUUCCGAUGGCGCUGCCCCUGGUGACUGUGGUUGUUGGGAGUCAAACCUCUGGCCCGGAUGUUACCGUGGUAACGGCAACUGAGGAUGCUGACGAGCCUCGGAGGGUGGACUUCAGCCUGCCCAGUGAUGGAUCUCCGCUUCCGCCGGGUUUACCCAGCUGGGCAAACUAUGUGAAGGGAGUUAUUCAGCAUUACCGGGCUCCUCCUGUCCCGGGUUUCAGGGCGGUGAUAGCGAGCAGUGUCCCCCUGGGAGGAGGUCUGUCCAGUUCCGCCUCUCUGGAGGUGGCUUGCUACACAUUCCUGCAGCAACUCAAGCCAGAUGAAGGAGACAAGGUAUUAACAGCGGUAGCCUGCCAGAAGGCUGAACACACUCAUGCCAGUGUGCCCUGUGGCAUUAUGGAUCAGUUUGUGUCUGUUCUCGGCAGAGAGGGCCAUGCCUUACUCAUAGACUGCAGGUCGCUGGAGGCCACCCCAGUCCCUCUGUCAGAUCCAGGCUUGGUCAUUCUCAUCACCAACUCCAAUGUGAAGCACUCUCUGACCGGCAGUGAGUACCCCAUGAGACGCAGGCGGUGUGAGGAGGCUGCCUCCAUCCUGGGAAAGGACAGUCUCAGAGAUGCCACCAUUAAGGACCUGGAGGAGGCAAGGGACAGACUGGAUGACGUAACCUAUCGACGAGCUCGUCACGUGAUUGAAGAGAUAGAAAGAACCGUCAAAGCUGCCGAAGCCCUGAAGAGAGGAGCCUACAAAGAGUUCGGUGUGCUUAUGGUGGAGAGCCACAACUCCCUCAGAGACUUGUACGAGGUGAGCUGCAGGGAGCUGGACGAGCUGGUGUCCGCAGCCCUGGAGGUGGAGGGGGUGUUCGGCAGCCGGAUGACCGGCGGAGGAUUCGGCGGAUGCACCGUGACUUUACUGCAGGCCCACGCCAUUGACAGGACUAUACUCCACAUACAGGAGCGAUACAGUGGAACCCCAACUUUCUAUGUCACCACUCCUUCAGAGGGAGCCCGGGCUCUCAGUCUGCCCUAACAUUUAUCAACUCAUCUCUGCUUUAUAACAGAUUCAUUCCUCUUUAUGGGCCUUUUCAUUUCCUUUCAAUUUUCACUGUUAAAGUUAAACUGAUUUGCCGUUAUGCGCACAAGCUGAUUGAGAAGCAUUCUGCUAAAGUGCCUUCGUAGUAAGACAUUGUUUCACCUGUACACCAGACAGACACAGUUAGAGAUUAGCUGGUGGAACAUUGGGUAGCUUUCAGGAGUUGGUGGAGAUCAAAAUCAUAGCUAAAAGGAGACUGCAUGUUCCAACAUUCAUCAGGUGGUCCAAAAACCUGUGUUAUUGUGUGCUGGAUGUGUAAGUCGUAUGUGAAUACAUUAGCCAUUAUAACUUUGUAAGGCAAUAAAAUAUCAGGACUGUGUGUCAACUUCCAUCCAAUAAUGGCCAAGAGCUAAGUAACUUUAAAGUCCCUGCAAACUCACACAGGUGUUUUAAAUUAUUCUGGCUAAUUAGACAUCCGCUCAUCUGCUUGAUUAUGGGCAGAUCUAUGAUGAGAAUUGUGAAUUGACGGUUAAUUUAAUAUACUCAUACAACGUAUACUGCAGUUUAUACUGGAGGUGUUCGUUUGGGUCAGCUAGAAUAAAUCACACACACGGUCUGGAUUCGCACACACAGUCUUAAAUCUAAUCAAGCAGAUUAAGUGAAAACAUCUCUGGGAUGAGCCGUAGCGCUCCGGGGGCUUUAAUAGUAUGCCAGUUUAUUUGAAUGAAGGUUUUGUUGUUGUUUUAAAAAGUAACUGUUGCGCUUUUGUUUCAAAGGUUAUACUGGAAGUCUUAUUUUCAAAAUAUUCUGUUUAUCUCAGCCUGCCCGCUAUUUAAAAUGAAAUUAUCAAAAUUGGAAUUAACAAGAUUAAAAAUGUUACUUUUUCUUUGGUAUCUUGAUUUAAAAUAA